CAUUCUCAACGACUUUGACAAGGGGGAGAGAACUUGGGAUCGAGAACGCUCCAACGCACUCUGUAAUCUUCGACUAUUACCAGCAAUAAGCAGAAUUCGAUCAAAUUUGUAGGACCCUUAGCAAUCUGAGCACGCUAUAUUUAACCAAGAAACGUCUCUUUAUGGUUUGCCUCAAGGGGAAACCGGUCAUUUCUUUACCUCUCUAGCUGAAAAAUGGAAAUGAAGCGAUUACAACACACGAAUCUCGUUUCUGUUAUUACAGUAACGUGGAUUUUUCAUGCAUUCCUUUGUCAAGGUGAGUUAGAAAAAUGGGCUUAGGUUAGUUAACAUAACAACAACAUGAGAAAAUAUAUUUUAAAACAGUACUCUGGUCAAACUAACUUAUCUUUUACAAUUAGAAUUGAUUCUGCAUACGUUUUGACUGAGACAGCAACAAUGGAAAGUGAAAUUGCAUAUUGAAAUGGAAUAACAAACAGUUAAUAAUCCGCUGAAAGCAAUUUUUCCCUAAGCUUUUCAAUCAGUGAUGUGAAAAACGGCCUCAACACAUAUACGAUAUCUUAUAUUUACACUCAAUAUACGGUAUUACACAAGGACAGAAAUCAUGGAUGCUUUUAAGUCUAACGCAUCGCGGUAUCUUGGUUUUCACGUGACGUCAUAAUACUAAAUAAAAACGGAAAGGGUUUUUUUAAGGUUUCAUCCUUAACAAGCCUAUAACUUUAAAAACAAAUCGGACCUUUUAACGAGGUUUAGGACUGACGGGUUUCUCAGUUUUGAAAAUAAAGCCCUUGUUCUCCCGCGACAUUAAAAAUAACGUAACGUCAAUAUAUGUUAAGAUUACUUCAGUAAGUACCGAAAGUUCCACGUCUUCGACGAGCCACAGACAGUCUAGUAGUUUUUCGCCAUCGUCAAGUAUCAAAUCAACCUCGUCACAAUCUUUCAGUUUACCAACUACCCAAACUGUAUCAAGUACAGAGCAAGAGGUAGUUGUUCCCUCCUCCAGCAGCACUAAAAUUUCAUUCCCAAGUUUUUCGAGUCCCGUCAGUAGUGUAUCAUCACCCCUAACAGUAAUUGAAACAGCACGUUCAGUCGCUUCCGUCUCCUCUCCUCCUUCAGGCCAAUGGACUAGCAUGAAGCCUUCAUUAAGUACCGGAAUUGCUUCAAUACGUUCAGAGACUUCCUCAAAAGCCAAGAUCAGUCAGAUCUUAACAUUAUCUACAAGGGCAUCCAGGUCCUUCAGCAAGGAUAUGUAUGUUACAUCUUCUAGUCUGUUGUCCAGAACUGCCCCUAUCUCAAAGUCGCCAAAACCAACAAGCGUAUCUACAACCUCUGCUACGUCCUUUAAAACUCAAACUGAGCCAAGUCCCAGCCAAUCCAGUGUGGUUACACCCACAACCACUAUUUCGCCCACGAUUCGAAAACCCGAGGUCAGUCUUAAAAGGUUCAAUGUUACAAUGACGAUAACAAAUAGAGAUUAUAAUAGCAGUCUUGGAGACAAAGAGAGCCAGAAAUUUCAGAAUUUAGCAGAGGAAGUACGAGACAAUGUUAAAAAUGCGCUCAACGAUUCCAAAGGAUUUAUUUCCUCCGAGGUGGAGAAAUUUCUUGAAGCCAACAGUGUUACUUGCAAACUAAAAAUACUAGUUCGAGAAGACUCGGAUAUAACCAAAGAAAUGAUAAAAGUAUCACUUGAAAAUAGCAGUGGAAGUCUGAAACUAACCGAUGUCACAGGAGUGGACACAGAGAUGCCAACAACUAUGGCAGUUACGGACAAAAAAACGCCUACCAAACCCACUGAGAAAACGACGACUAAGAAGUCUACGAAGGACGACGUUGUUUUUCAAGUAACAGCAACAAUUCAAAACGAGGAGUAUACUGAUGAACUUGGUAACGUUUCCAGCGCAGAAUUCAAGAGAUUGUCAAAAGACGUCGCUGAAGUGCUCACUAAGAUUUUUGAUGGCAACUUAGCAGGGUUUCUAAAUGUAGAAGUUGUGCGCUUCCAAAGGGGAAGCAUAAUAUGCACAUUUAACCUCCGAACAAAGGGGGAAUCGACAGUAUCAGAGAAGGAUAUUAAAGAAUUGUUAAGUUAUGAAAGUAGUAAAUACACUUUUAAAGAUAUUAAGGUGGAGCGAAAAACAACCGGACCGAAUGAAACACCUACCACGAAAUUCACGGAAAAGGGUGCUGUGUUCCGCGUAACAGUGACAAUACCAAACGAGGUAUACACUGAAGAACUUGCAGACAAUACCAGCGAGCAAUUCAAGAAAUUUUCUAAAGAACUGACUGAUAUUCUCACUGGCAUUUUCAAAAUCAAGGUGCCAGGUUUUCGUUGGGUGGAAAUUAUUAGCUUCCGCAAAGGAAGUGUUAUAUGCGUAUUUAAAGUCAUCACGGAGGAAUCGAAAGCAUCGGGAGAUGAAAUAAAAGACGUACUGACGGAGGCAAGUAAGAAUGGAAAGACAGGUAAAUACACCUUUAAAGAUGUUAAUGUGGAGCAACAGCAAACAACGGAGGUGACCAAGCCUCAAGAAAAUAACUGGCCAGCGUGGGCGACUGUUAUCAUUGCUGUGUUUGGAGUUCUUCUACUGGUUAUAUUCAUAAUCAUUUAUGUGGUAAGAAUAAUGCAAAGUUUAUGCCUUUAUCAGUUUCGCAGUCUUAUACAUACGAACUGUCUACUAGCCAAGUGCGUGAGAUAUUUAUUCCACCUCGAGUACCAGGGUUUUCUCCCAAAAAAUAUUCCACGUCCCAUGAAGAUAAUAGCUAGCUUAAGCAACGAGAACGCUGACGGCUCGGACGUCAUAGAUAGAAACCGGAAGUUCGAUGACUAGCUUCAUGGAACGCUUCGGUCUCGCACCACAAAUAUAAGUGCCUUUGUUUUAACUCCCGCUGUACGAAUUUGUCCAGUCAGCGCACUGAAAAGUGAAAUUAUCAAAUUCCGAAUACCAUUUUUGACGUCCGUGAUGUCAACCUUCUGGUUGCUUGAGGUCUCCAAUAAACUCGAUAGGACAAAAUCUUAGUAAUACGCCUUUAUAAUUAUCCGUCAAGGUAACUCAGAGCACCACUAUUUUUGCGUAUAACGUAGGUCUGAUAGUAAGCAUUUUCGAGCUAGGUCUUGAAAGACGCUUCGCAAGCCUUAGCCGGAAACAUACCAAAGUCCUAUACUCGAAGACGUAAGUCUCAAUAUGUUUUCAACAGCGAUUUGAGAAAAGGUGUCAUAUAAAACUGUGCAACUAAAGCGUACGCGAAAAAUGCUAUACGGCUUAGUCUGGGGUAAUUAUAAUUAGUGACUCUAGACAACUUGUUACCCCUGCAAUGUUUCGACCUUUCCUCGUUCUUAUGGUCUCUGUUCUAUUAAAACGCUAAGCCAGUCAUUUGGCACUCUUGAGUACACAAUUUUUCUCAUGACAACCUUUCUUAAAUAAGCUGUAAGACGGAUAAACAACAAUUGAGAUCGCCAAUAUAACCUGUGUGCAAUCGUCUUCUAUUUCCGUUUUUGCCUUCAGGAUAUCGCCAUUUAGGAACCGUGUUUUUUGCCUGUUAAUCGGUGGGUACUCCCAUGAUUAUGGCACUAUUGGGGAGCUUCUGUGACAUUGCUAAUUAUUAAAGUGGUCAAAAGUGACUGGACACUGCCCCCUUAAACUUGUGUCCCGAAGUAAUACAAGUAAUGUGAUAAGAUCUGACAUAUUUAGAUACGCCAUUAUUAAAAUAGAGCACUUGGUCGAUCACCAACACUAUCGAAAGAGUCUAGAACAGGCUCUUGGCACCUGUUUAAUUCAUUUUGAUCCUUUGUAGAUUUAUAAAAGGUUAAAAAGCGGGUCUGCAGACUUACCCAACCAUGAUAAGGACGAUGUGCCUUUAAAGGAUUUAAACCCAGGAUUGCCGACCAUUCACCACCGCAAUAGUGAGCCAACUGAAAGGUAACAAAACAAAUUGCGCUUUUAACUGGUUUAUUGCGUAUAGUUUGAUGAACAUUUGUUUAUAGAAAGUUAGGUUGUUCUGUCUGUAACCAAUCCGUUACUAUGGGCGUGCGUUUUUGUCGUCUCUUUGCCCAGUCAGUUUCACACUAUUUUUGUCGGUGCCAAUUUGCGUUACAGUUGGCUAAUUCCAACUGAAAAAGCGGGUGUAUAAAUGGUGACCUCCAAAAUUUCAACAAAAUCGGGAAUCGGUGUGUGUUGAUGACCACCUCACUGACUGGUCAAGUCGACGAGAACAGCUGUCUUGCACUGCAGAACUAAUUUCACUGGUAUAGACUUGGAUGAUUUAAACAAGGGAAGAAACGGACCUUAGGACGUGAAGUCCAAAAAAAUAAACUAGCACUCUGCGUGCCAGAAGACGUUACGUCACGGCAAAUUUCAACUCCCUGGUGUGGCUUGUAGCUCAAUCUCUCUUGUGUAAACUGAGAACAAACUGGUCUGCCUGGAGCCAGUUUGGUUUUUAUCCGUUAUUGUUCAGUUUACUAUUCGACUGUCAAGUACUGCCCCCCGAGGGGGGCACUUGGGUUGAUUUUUGCUGGGUAUGUGCCGCUGGCCUCUCAAAGCCCCUAGUCUAUUUUGUGGCCAAUUAUAAACCCCACCAAAACACCAAUAAACGCAAACACUUUUGGGCAAAUAUGUGAUUUUCGCGAUCUCAACUUACUUUAUUUUUAUGAAUUGACCCAUUUUUUAAAUGGAAUGAAAAACACUUUACCGGUUUCAUCUGCAGUGCAAACAUUCUGGUACGUUUGCUAACCGUAGAUAUGAAGACCUGUCUUACCCCAAAAAAUCCGAAAAUGUGCGACCCCAUUCUAGUAACUCUAUUGAAAAUGCGACCCCAUUGUAGUCAAUCCAGUCGUGAAAAUGCGACCCCAUCGAGCGGCACUUCCCCAUAAGCCUCUUAUAAGGAAGUACACCCCCCUGGAGUACUGCACUGUAUACAAAUGGCUAAGUGCUCAUUCAAAGACUCAUGUUCUAUGAAUCUCUAUAUUUUUUUACAGGACCUCAUUCCUAAGUGAAUCGAGAAUGGAGGAAUAGAUGCAAGCAUUUAAUAACCCUUAAUCCUAGUAUUUAAUAGCAUUUAUAAUAAUUUGUCUUUUGUAGACCCGAUAAGCAAGGCCAGGUUACUAUUAAUAAAUUCCUAUUGGUACGAACUACCGUAUUUACUCGAUUAAACACUGCGGCGUUUAUCAAAUUUUCAGUAAUUUUUUCAAAAUCAAAUUUCUUAAGUCACUGAAAAUGAUAACGAUAAAUCGUUUAUAAAUAUUAUGUAAAACAGAAAGAUGCAGAGAUAGAAUCAUUUUUGACUGCAUGGUGUAGAUUACCAUGUCGUACCUAUCUCCUGUUGCUGGUUCUUGCUUAUAAUCCUUGAAUAACAGCCGAAUUCAUCUGACUAGGAGAGCUGUUUGUCGGCGAGCGGCGUUUAAUCGAGAAAAUACGGUAGAAAUGUUGCCUCAGUCUAAAAAGCUAUUCAAAUUGGCUCAAAAAAUCCAAAGUUAUAAAUAUCGAAGGCCGCAUAAGUAGCUACCAUAGAGAAUAAAUGUGUUAUUUGGAAAACCAACCGUACUGACAAAUAAGCCCAGCCCAAAAUAGGGGAGCGGCAGUUGUAAAAAGUUUACGUUACACUUGGCUUGCCCUUUUUGCUCCCUUUAGGCCCUCCUAGGGGCAAUUCUUUUAUAGUUCGUGUGGACUGGGGGAUUUUUACAUGGGGGGUUAUUACAAGUGAGGGAAGCCUGAUAGAUUCCGGGAGUUCAAUAAAUUUUCAUGGUUAUGCUUUGUUUAAAAUUGUGAAACAAAAUAAUUAUGAGAAUUGUUGAACGUGUAACGCAUUUCAUUAACAAAUGUACCUGCUUUAUAAUUGGCAAAUUAGGCUAGCACAUUUCCUGCGGAUCAGACUAGGGUUUAGUUAGCCUGCGAUUAGGCUCUCCAUUAGGGGGAAGGAGGCCAAAAAUCACGAGGGGGCGGCGAGGGAAACCCCUUCCUAUACAUGUAGCUUCGCCCACCAACUUUUUCAAAACAACAACAACAACAAUACAAGCUGGUGACUAAGAAAAGGAAAUAAGGUAAUUUAUACAAUCAGAAGCUUCAGUCAAUGCACAUUUACAUCAGCUUUAGCAAACCAGUGAUGACCACUGGUCUCUUCCAUAAAGAACAAUCUUGCCUGUAUACUUUUUCAAAGAUGCCAUUAUCAGUGAUUGCAAGUGGGAAAAGAGACAACAAAUAAGGCUUCGGGCUGUUUAUGUUUCAAAACCUAGGAAGCUGAAAUAACGAGCGCAUAAAACGAGGGAAAAAACUUAGUUUGGUAUACGGUAUUUUCUCGAUUAAACGCCCCGGCGUUUGCUGACUUUGCAUUUUAUUCCGGCCUGAAGCUUCUAAAGAAUAAUGUUUACGCUUUUUGCAACAGCGGUGUAUCUUCUCUUUCCACCUUAAGAUUGUUAUAGCGCAAAUAAACAUUAACAGCUUCCUCUCUUAGAUCCGGAGUUUACUGGGGUCCCCGUGUUAAUCUAUAAUGUUAGCUUAUAUCGUAGAACUGCUAUUGGGAAUUUCAAGCUCUUGGGUGGGGCUGAGUUUGACCUAGCGAGCUGUUUCAGAAAUUAAAACAAGAGAUUUUUAAACUUUGUUAGAAUUGCCUAGAAUUGACAUUGAUUGAACGUAUUGAGUAUACGUGACCAUGAGGUAUGCUUGGUUGCACACGUAUCUUCUUACUCCUCUUUCUUCCAGGUAGUAUGGUUCGUGUAUAGGUAGCAAGGGCGUGUUCCUCCUCGAUGUUUUGCAUAAAAAUCGCUGUUACAAGAACAGAAAUUGGAGAGCCCUUGACUGUUCCGUG